AUGGGCAGCGCCGCCUCGCCGCCGCGGGCCCUCGACGCGGCGACGCAGGAGGACCUCAAGCGCGUCUCCGCGCACCGCGCCGUCGACAUGGUGGAGUCCGGCAUGACGCUGGGGCUCGGCACCGGCUCCACGGCCGCGCACGCGCUCGACCGCCUCGGGGACCUCCUCCGCACCGGCGCGCUGCGCGCGGUCGCCGGGGUGCCCACCUCCCUCAAGACGGAGGCGCACGCCGCGCGCGUCGGGAUCCCCAUGCUCGCGCUCGCAGACGCCGCGGAGAUCCACCUCUCCAUCGACGGCGCCGACGAGGUCGACCCGGACCUCAACCUCGUCAAGGGCCGCGGCGGCUCGCUCCUCCGCGAGAAGAUGAUCGAGGGCGCCGGCGCCCGCUUCGUCGUCAUCGUCGACGAGUCCAAGCUCGUCCCCCGCCUCGGCUGCACGGGCGCCGUUCCCGUCGAGGUCGUCCCCUUCGGCAGCGCCUACACGCUCGGCCUCAUCCGCAAGGUGUUCGACAAAUUGCCGGGCUUCCACGCCAGGCUCAGGACCGUCAAGUCCAAGGCCGGCGACGGCCAGGAGGAGCUCUUUCUCACCGACAACGGCAACCAUAUCGUCGAGAUGUUCUUCGAGGACGGCAUACACGGCAACCUGCGCGACAUCAGCGACAGCCUGCUGCGCAUCACGGGCGUCGUCGAGCACGGCAUGUUCCUCGGCAUGGCCACCAAGGUGAUUGUCGCCAAGAAGGACGGCACCGUGGCGGUCCUCAGCAAGAAGGUAGCCUAG